GGAGAAGGUGUCAGUCUGAUACAUAACGUCGCACUCGACAUGUUCACCGACCCUAGGCUUCCGGAUCCUCCUUUCAAGAGGUAGUCGUUCAACUGCGACCUCGAACCCAUCACAUAAGCAUCUCGAGUCAUCUCAGACACGAAUCGGGACAUAAUUUCGAUUGGAAGCUCAUGGCUGAGAAUAAGACUGCGGACUUCGCCAUGUCAGAGAAGAUGGCCGACCUUGAGAAAGCCGAUGUAUCGACGCAUCGGUCACCAUCCACCGUCGAACUCGGCAUCAGCCAGUCAGUAAAUGGUCUCCAGCGCUUCUGCAACAAGCUAGAUGCCGUGUGUGGUGUCGAGGCAAGAGGAAUCGAGAGGAUUCCAGAGGAGUUGCGUGAAAGAGACAUGGCAUUGAAAGACUAUAUCCACAUGUACACGAUCUGGUUCUCGAUGAAUUGCACAGCCAACCAACUGACUCUGGGCGUGCUUGGUCCCGUCACCUAUGGCCUGGGCUUGACAGACUCGAUCCUUAUUUGCAUGUUUGGAACGAUCUUUGGCUCAGUCUGCACCGGCUACAUAUCCACGUUCGGUCCUCGGUCAGGUCUCCGUACACUCAACGUUGCCAAGUACACAAUGGGCUGGUGGCCAGCAAAGCUUUGCGUCAUUCUCAACUUAGCUAUAGAGAUUGGCUAUGGACUCAUUGACUGUCUGGUCGGUGGCUUACUAUUGUCCGCUGUCAACGGCGGCGGUAUGUCCGUCAUUGUUGGCAUUAUCAUCGUCGCACUCAUCACAUGGGUUGUGGUCACUUUCGGUAUCAAAUGGUUCUACAAGUUCGAGCAGUUUGUCUGGGCGCCCACCGUCCUGGUCCUUUUCGUGCUGAUCGGUGUCGCUGGCCCGCACUUCGACACCCACACAGUCUCCCGAGGUACUGGCGCAGCCCUCCACGGCAAUCGCCUCUCCUACUUCUUCCUUGUCGCAUCCGGGCCGCUCAGCUGGUCCUCCGCGUCCGCCGAUUACGUCGUUUACUACCCAAAGACCACAAACCGAUGGGGAACUUUCGCAGCAACAACAUGUGGUAUCACCACCGGCAAGCUGCUCAUUGAAUUUCUAGGUAUCGGCCUCGGCUCUGGUUUACUCCUCAACCCCACUUGGGAGCAGGCGUUCGACAACCACGGCAUUGGUGCUUUGGUCGUCGAGGCCUUCGGCCCACUCAACACCUUCGGCAAGUUCUGCUGUGUCAUCCUCGCUGUAUGCAUCGCCGCAAACAAUAUCCCCGGAACCUACGCCGCUGCCCUCAACUGGCAACAACUCGGUGGUCCAUGGGCGAAGAUCCCACGCCCGAUCUGGAGCACAUUUACUUGCAUCGUCUUCACCAUCGUCGCAAUUGCUGGGCGUGACUCGCUGUUCAGUAUUUUCAUCAACUGGCUGAGUCUGAUCGGUUACUGGACGAUUAUCUGGAUCACGAUGACUUUCCAGGAUGAGUUCAUUUUCCGGAAAGGCAACUUUGACUGGGAGAUCUGGAACCGCAAGGAUCUGCUCCCGCACGGCUUUGCUGCGUUGUUGGCUUUCAUCGUUGGCUGGGUCGGUGCAGUGCUGUGUAUGUAUCAGACGUACUUCACGGGACCGAUUGCGGCGCUCGUUGGCAAUGGUGCGGAUCUGGGGUUACCAGUGGCUUUCGGUUUGACGAUGAUUGUGUAUCCGCCUGCCAGGUGGCUGGAGCUGAAGUAUGUUGGACGCUAGAUUCAGAUGAUUUUGUCACGGUCCGUUAAACGUAUAUGCUUUUCUGCCAUGCGACUAUCUAGCUGCAAC